AACGUUACGAAACAUGUACCGAAUUGUAAAAGAAACCAUCGGCCAUCUGGGUAUGCUGCCCAAAGCACGCCCUAUGUCGUCGAAAGUUUCCCAGAAUCGUCCCGGCACCGCAAACGACAAGUGCAAACAGAAAAUUUGCGAAGAUCGUGCCCGUGAUUUGGGCGCAUUCGAAAGCACGCUACCGGAACGGCUGCACGUGGUUAGUCCGCAGAUGUGGCGCCCCUGUCCGGAUCCACCGAAACCACGUCAAUUUAGCUGUAAUGAUGUUGCGCUAUUGAAUCUACCCCGAAGGAAACGAGAUCCGGUGCUGAAGAAGAGCAGCUGUACUUCGCCCGCGCCCAGCAUCGAGGCUCCGGAAUGUAUAAAAAUUAAGGAAGACCUUUGCUUGCGUGUUCAAGUGCCCGGUUGCGGUAAGGUAAAGUUCCCACCGAAGUGUGAGGCUGCGUUGCCUCUACGUGAUUGUGUGAAGAAGACUCCGCCGGUAGCGUCGUUUUCCGAAGCGUACAAAAAUCCGUUCCCACCGCUACCAAUCUCGGAAUGUAUGUGUUACAAUGCCACGAAAGUGUGUUAAAUCGCUGCCAGACUAUGAUGGACGGGAAUAAAGCAGGAAUGGUUU